AUGAAAUUAGCUUAAUAUCGAAAGAUGUUGAGUGAAUCUGAAUCAAUGAUCUUAAAACAAUUAGCUGAAGCAGAUCCAGAGAAGAUCUUAGAUAAUGUAGAUUUGAUUACAUCUUUGUAAUCCGCUAAGACCACAAGUGAAGAAAGUAAUAUCAAAAUUGAAGAAUCAGUUGUGUUAGAGAAAACUAUAGAGAGAGUACGUAAUGAAUAUAGAUCAGUAGCAGUGAGAGGUUCAGUGUUGUAUUUCGUAAUCAAAGAUCUAAAUCUUAUUGAUCCAAUGUAUCAAUACUCCUUACAAUACGUUUAAGUGAUGUUCAAUUUAGCUAUGAGAUAGGCAUAGUCAGCUGAAGAAUUAUAACAAAGGUUAUCCAACUUGAUUGAUAGUAUAACAAGAGUGAUCUUUACUAAUGUAUGCAGAGGACUGUUUGAAUAACAUAAACUUAUUUAUUCAUUUUUGAUUGCAGCUUAAAUUAACAGAAAGGCAAAUAAAAUAUCAGAUGGUCUUUGGGGUUCAUUUUUGAGAGGGGCAGGAGUCAUUGAAAAGUCAAAAUUGCCUGCUAAUCCAGAUAAAGUAUUAAUUGGAGAAUCAUCUUGGGAAUUAGCUGCAUUUUUAGACCUUAAUUUCGAAGUCUUUAAAGGAUUAUGCUAACACAUAUAGAAGAAUAUGGCUGCAUGGAAAACAUACAUCUAAGCAUCUGAUCCUUUGGUUGUGAAAUUAGAAGAACCUUAUCAAAGUAAAUUGGAUGAAUUUGAAAAAAUGAUGAUUAUUAAGAUAUUUAGAAGUGAAAAAAUAUUAUUUGCACUCUCAAGUUACGUUGAAUAAAACAUUGGUAGAUUUUAUUUGGAAUCUCCAAACACAACUAUGGAAAUAUUAUAUAAUGACUCUGAUGUUACAACUCCUAUUAUAUUUGUACUAUCCUAAGGAGCAGAUCCAACAUCACAGAUAUUAAAAUUCGCAAAGGAAAGAAACUUUGAAGAAAACUUAGCUAUUAUCUCUUUGGGUCAAGGUUAAGGAAAGAUUGCAACCAAACAAAUUAAUGAUGCUACCACAACGGGAGGUUGGGUGUUAUUAUAAAAUUGUCAUUUGGCAAGGACAUUUAUGCCAGAUUUAGAAAAAUUGGUGGAUGAUAUUACAGCCAAGAAAUAAACAGUAAACCCUAGUUAUAGGUUGUUCUUAACUUCAAUGCCUGCUUCAUAUUUCCCUGUAAGUAUACUUCAAAAUGGAAUUAAAUUAACAACAGAACCACCUCGAGGUUUGAAGGCAAAUCUGAAGAGAUCUCUUUAAGAUAUUUCUAAUGAAUUCUUGGAUACUGCUGCUAAACCAGAGAUCUAUCAUAAAUUGGUUAUGGGAUUGUGCUAUUUCCAUGCCAUUAUUUAAGAAAGAAAGAAAUUCGGUCCUUUGGGAUGGAAUAUCAAAUAUGAAUUUAAUGAUAGUGAUCUUGAUACUUCAAAGACAGUCAUUAAGAUGCUUUUAGGCGAAAAUGACACUGUACCUUGGGAUGCCAUGUUGUAUGUCAGUGGUAAUAUCAACUAUGGAGGUAGAGUAACUGAUGAUUGGGAUAGAAGAUGUUUGAUGACCAUUUUGAGGAAAUUCAUAUGCAAUGAGGUCUUGGAUGAUAACUAUGUCUUUUGUGAAAAUAACAUAUACAGAAUACCUGAGAAAAAUGUAGUUGAAGAGUAUAUUAAAUAUGUUGAAUCUUUACCCAUGACUGAUGAUCCUGCAGUUUUUGGUAUGCAUGAAAAUGCCAAUAUUACAUUCCAAUAAAGAGAAAGCGACUCAAUCCUAGAAACUAUCUUGUCUAUAUAGCCAAGAGAAGGCGGAGGAUCAUCAGAAAAAACACCUGAUUAAAUAGUAUUAGAACUUGUCAAGAGUAUUUAAGAUGAUCUCCCUCCUCUCUUAAACAAAGAAGAAUCUAAUAAAGAAUUAUGGUAAAUUAAUCCAGAGAAAAAUCUAAUUCCCUCCUUGUCUACAGUUCUAUUGUAAGAAUUAGAGCGUUUUAACAUUUUACUCUCAACUAUGGGCAGAACAUUGUAAGGAUUGGCUUAAGCUAUUGAAGGUAUAGUGGUAAUGAGUCAAGAAUUGGAUAGCAUGUAUUAUUCACUAAUGAACAAUGAAGUUCCAAAGGUUUGGAAUAAAGUCGGAUAUUUGUCGUUGAAGGGUUUGGCAUCAUGGAUUAGAGACUUGAAAGAAAGAGUGAAGUUCAUGUCGGAAUGGCUUGUUACAGGAGGACCUAAUUGUUUCUGGAUAUCAGGGUUCUUUUAUCCUUAAGGAUUUUUAACUGGUGUUUUAUAAACUCAUGCUCGUAAGACAGCCAUAGCUAUUGACAACCUUGUUUUCUCAUUUAAAGUGUAGGAAUUUGAGAAGGAACAAUGUUCAAUCAAACCAGUUGAUGGUGUAUUUAUUUAUGGGCUGUUCUUAGAAGGGGCUCAAUGGAAGAAGAAAUGUCUGGCUGAUCUUAAUUUUGGUCAAAUGAGUAUGUUGAUGCCAGUGAUCCACUUCUUACCUUUACAAUAGGACAAAUAUUAAUCGAGAUCUGAUAAUUAUAGUUGUCCUGUUUACAAAACAUAAACUAGAGCUGGUGUGUUAUCCACUACAGGACAAAGUACAAAUUACGUUUUGGCUGUGGAUUUACCAACUUUAGAUUAACCUCCUGAUUAUUGGACAUUAAGAGGAACAGCACUUAUUUGUGCACUUAAAGAAUGA